UUGAGAAGCGAUUUUGCGCUAUCCUCUAUCCGGUGUGCAUGCAGCAGGCUCGCAGCAGUAGUGCAGUGCUUAAAGCAAUGCCCAGGACAGCAACUGCGAUAAUGUGGGCAAAUGUGAGACUAAAUGAAGGCGACCUGGGCUAGCGGCGUGACUUACUAGCCCGCUUGGCUGAAACAAACAGACGCUGUACAGGCCUGCCAGAGCUGCUAUAGGACCCAUAGCGAGCAGCAUACAUCGCCCGCCGACGGCCGCUAGCGCGCGCAGAUACAUCGCCGAAGGAGCUACCGCGCAGCAGGCAUCCCGGAGGCAGACGCGCGCCAUGGCCACGACCCAGCCCGCACGCGUCCCCGCCGAGGAGGCCGCCACCCACUUACGGCAGAUGCGCGGCGCCCUGCGACGGCUUGUGGGCGCGGCGCGCGUCGGCGACCCGGUCGACGAGUCGACGCAUUUAGGGCACGCGGUCGAGUUGCACGCGGGGGAGAUCGCGAGGGCGGCGGACCAGCUGCUGCGGCUGCUCGGCGAGCUGCGCGAGGCGGCAGCGAGGGCGGACAUGCGGCGGAGCGACGCGGACGUGACGGACGAGUUGCGGCGCUUCGAGGCCGCGCGUUCAAAGCGGCGCGCGGCGCGUGAGGCGCGCGGGCCGGCGUAAGUGUUGUUGUACGUGUCAUUCGUCGUCUGGUGUUUGUGCGAGUGAAUCAAAUUUAAUCGGGUUUCGUGGCGCUUUUUCUCGAUCGUUGGCUGCUGGUGCGACGCCAUCGGGCUGCCGCAACACAAAAACCAUGGAGGCGGCCCGCCGAAGAGCGGUCCGCGACCUGCGCGAGAUCGCCGAGGAGGCCGAGGCUCCGGCUGGAUCAGACGGGGCAGCACUGAGGCGCCGCCUCGCGGAGCUCCGGGCGCGCGUGCUCACCGUCGCGCGGGCCCUCGCCGCCGACGCGCCGCCGCCGCCGCCGCGCCGCGAACGGCGCCCGCCGGACCCGCUGCGACCCCACAACGCGCCGGCCGCGGCGCCGGCCAAGCCGCCCGCGCCGCCCGCCGCGGAGGCGCCGGACGCCGUCGCCGCGGCCGCGGGCCGCCUCGCCGAGGCCGCCUACCGCGCCCUGGAACGGCUCUUCGGCGUCGUCGACGCGGACUAUCGCGAGGCGCCCGCAAGACGCGCGGCGUCGCCCCUCGACGCCGCGGCGCUCGCGCGCUUCCGGCGCGUGCUGGGGGCCGUCGCGGGCGGCCGCGUCCGGCGGUGCCUCGACGCGCUCGACGCCGCCGCCGACGCGUCCACGUCAGAUGAUGAUGAUGACGCCGGCGGCCGCGCGGCCGGGCGCGCGAGCUACGCCGCGCUCCAGGCCUGCUGGACGCGCCACCGCCGCGACCGCCGCGACCCGCCGCGCGGCUCGCCCGAGAAGCGCCUCAGCGAGCGCCUCCACGCGCACGCGCCGUGCUCGCGCACCGGCUGCGUCGUCUGCCGGAGGCGGUGUGAGGACAACGCCCUGCUCCAGAAGGAACUCGGCGUGAACGACGAGGCGGGCCCGCGGGAGUUGUGGGCCGCCGUCGCGCGGCCGGCGCCCGAUUUCACGCAGGCGGACCUCGAGGCGAGUCUGUGGCGCGCGGCGUUACUGGUUCGCUGCCACGAUCGAAAUCGGGGCCUCCGGCUGAACCGCGACGAGGCGCAGCGGAAGCUUCUGGAUCUGCGGUGCUACGAGCUUUUGUUGGCCUACGUCCGCGCCGCCGAAUAA